AUGUUUCAAUUGGUGACUCUUUUGUUAGUGACUUUGGGUGUAAUUAGCGCGUAUAUUCCGAAAGGUUUAGAUAACUGUAGAAGAGAUAUAAAUGGUGAUAAAGGGACUACUGUGUGCCACGUGCGGACUCUUGAAGCUAAUGGAUCCAAUCUAGCUUCCGCGCCUUCAGAAAGCACGAAACGUCUGACCGUUGAGUGCAACCAGCUGCUACUGUUUGAAAGUUUUCUUGAAGCAAACUAUUUUCAAAGAUUCUCAACGUUAGAGGAACUCACACUUCGUAAUUGCAAACUUCUUCGAGUACCAGGCAAUGCUUUUGAAGGAUUAUCGAAACUCAAAGAAUUGUCGAUAAGAUCUAAAAACUUUGACUGGAGUCAGAAUAAAAAUUUAGAACUUUCGCUGGGGACUUUUAAUGGUUUACGUGAGCUACAGAUACUGGAUUUAGGAAAAAAUAAUCUUAAAGUUGUACCUUCAGAUGUUUUUUGUCCUUUAGAUAAUUUGCAAAUAUUAAAUAUUACUCAUAAUAAAAUUAAAAGUAUUGAUCGUAUCGGUUUCGGAAAAAGUUGUGGAUCGGGCCUUAGAAGCUUAGAUCUAAGUUAUAAUGAACUAAAAACUUUAAGUGAAGACUCUGAACUAUCGGGGUUACGACGCUUGCAAGAACUAAGAUUACAAAAUAAUAACAUAAGUGAAAUUUCUAGUGAAAUAUUCAAUGGACUUAUUUCGUUGCGUAUUUUAAACAUUUCUCAUAAUAACCUACAGUCAAUACCCGAGGGUACGUUCGCCAACACGAAAGAGCUACGAGAAAUUUAUUUGAAUAAUAACCUGCUAUUCGAAUUAGCCAGAGGCGUUUUCCACCGAUUAGAACAGCUGCUUGUCUUAGAUUUAUCAAAUAAUCAACUUUCAAGUGCUCACAUCGAUGGAGGAACAUUUAUUGGCCUUAUACGCUUAGUCAUUCUGAAUUUAUCCAAUAACGCCUUGACAAGGAUAGAUGGUAAGACGUUCAAGGAUUUAUUCUUUCUUCAAAUAUUAGACUUAAGAAACAACUCAAUUGGAUAUAUAGAGCAGAACACAUUUCUACCUUUAUAUAAUUUGCAUACCUUAAAUUUGGCUGAAAAUCGGUUGCAUACUAUUGACGAGUACCUCUUUAAUGGGUUAUUUGUGCUCAGCAAAUUGAAUUUAAAUAAUAAUCUGCUUAUUAAUAUCGACCCAAAGGCCUUUAAAAAUUGCUCAGAUUUAAAAGAAUUAGAUUUGAGUUCCAAUCAAUUAACAGAUGUUCCCAAAGCGAUAUGGGAAUUAGCUCUUUUGAAAACAUUAGACUUAGGUGAAAAUUUAAUAUCGGAUAUAAAAAAUGGUUCAUUUAAAAACCUAGAUCAACUAACUGGAUUGAGAUUGAUAGAUAACCAAAUUGGAAAUCUUAGUGUUGGCAUGUUUUGGGAUCUGCCUAGUUUGCAAGUAUUAAAUUUAGCAAAAAAUAAAAUUCAAGCUGUAGAAAGGGGCAGUUUUCAACGAAAUAAGCAAUUAGAAGCCAUACGCUUAGAUGGAAAUUUUAUAUCAGAUAUAAAUGGAGUAUUUUCUACAUUGUUGAGUUUGUUAUGGCUCAAUUUAUCAGAAAAUCACUUAGUUUGGUUUGACUUCGCAUUUAUACCUAGUAAUUUAAAGUGGCUUGACAUUCACAGUAAUUUCAUAGAACAUCUAGGUAACUAUUAUAAAAUUCAAGAUGAAAUACGAAUAAAAACUUUGGAUGUUAGUCAUAACCGUAUUGUAGAAAUAUCUCCGUUAGCAAUCCCGAACAGUGUAGAACUGUUGUUCAUAAACAAUAACCAUAUUAACAAUAUUCAAGUAAAUACAUUUAUGGAGAAGCGAAAUCUCACUAGAGUUGAUAUUUACGCAAAUGAGAUAUCUCAUUUAGAUAUAAACAGCCUCCGGUUAUCGCCAGUCCCCUUGAACAAGUCGUUGCCAGAGUUCUAUAUAGGAGGAAAUCCGUUUGAUUGCGAUUGCUCAAUGGAAUGGUUGCCAUUAAUAAACAAUAUGACUGCCACAAGACAACACCCUAGAAUAAUGGAUCUUGAGAACGUUUUAUGUAAAAUGACUCACACGAGGGGAGUUACACAUAUACCUUUAAGUAAUCUAAAAUCAACAGAUUUUUUGUGCACAUAUGAAACACAUUGCUUUACACUAUGCCAUUGUUGUGACUACGUCGCAUGCGAUUGCCAAAUGACUUGCCCAAAUAACUGCUCUUGUUACCACGAUCCAACCUGGCACACAAACGUAGUCGAUUGUUCUAGUCAAAGUGUUUUUGAAAUACCAGAAAAAAUUCCUAUGGAUGCAACCGAGGUCUAUUUGGAUGGGAAUGAUUUUAAAGAAUUGCAAAAUUAUGCAUUCAUAGGCAGAAAAAAUAUGAGAUCGCUGUAUGUAAAUUCAAGUAAAGUUGAAAAUAUACAUAAUAGAACAUUCGCUGGCUUAUCGUCUCUCGUUAUAUUGCAUCUGGGGAAUAACAAGUUGGAACAUUUAAAUGGUUACGAGUUUGAGUAUUUAACACAACUUUCGGAACUUUACUUACAAGACAACUUCAUAAGUCAUAUUGAAAAUAAAACGUUUUCUCCUCUUCUCUCCUUAAAAAUAUUAAGAUUAGAUGGAAAUAGAUUAGUAGAUUUCUCAUUAUGGAGCUUGACUAUAAAUAAAAAAUUAAAUGGUUUAUCGAUUGGAAAUAACAUGUGGUCAUGUAAGUGUCGAAAUCUACAGAGGCUAACGGCAUUUAUAUCAGAAAAUGUUCCUAAAAUUACUGAUAUAGCAGAUGUAUGGUGCAUUAACUUAGGCAGUCCGUCGUCACAAAGGAAAGAAUUAAAUCUCAACGGAACCAUAUGCAGCGAUUAUUACGCUAGUGAUACGGGAAUUGACAGUAUGCUGAUCUCCAAUUACAUGCCCAUGAUGGUUACUACAUUGACAGGAUUUACGCUAAUUAUUCUCAUAACAAUUUUAAUAUUCUUAUUUAGAGACACAGUUCGAAUGUGGUUAUACACAAGUUGUGGUAUAAGAUUCCUUCCCUUCGCGGGAGCCUAUGAUGGCACAGAUAAAUUAUAUGAUGCAUACAUAUGCUACAGUCCUAAAGAUGAUGACUUCGUAAUACAAACAUUAGCAGCAGAAUUAGAGAACGGCACUCCAUCUUAUCAUCUAUGUUUACAUUAUAGGGAUAUACCGCAACAUGGUACAGCAUAUAUGCAAUACACUUUACCACUACCGGAAGCAGCCGAAGCAUCCAAACGAAUAAUUCUUGUCUUAACAAGAAACUUUUUAGAAACUGAAUGGUCACGGUUCGAUUUUAGACAAGCUCUACACGAUAUCUUAAAAAGAAGGAUUUACACCUUAGUACUCAUAGAAGACAGUUCAAUUUUGACUGAAGCCGAAAUGGAUCCCGAUUUAAGGCCAUAUAUGAAAACAAGUUUAAGAAUAAAGUGGGGUCAUAAUAAAUUUUGGGAAAAAUUAAGGUAUGCAAUGCCAGAUCGUAGAUAUAAAUCUAAAUCGUCUAGUUACCGAAAUAACAUAAAUUCAUAUACUAUGCGAAGUAAUAUGCAGAAUGGCACGAUGAGAUCAUUUUCUUUCCACGAAAAGAUGAGGGGACCUAAUGAUAGUGUGACAGCCACGCCAGAAUUCCUUGAAAGUCGAUCACAGAAUGCUCAGUCGGUUUAUGGGCCGGAUGGUAGACCACCUUCAGACCACAUAUACUCAUCAAUUGAUUCCGAUUACUCUUCAUUAGAAUUAGGUGGUAACAUUCAAAAUAGAAGGCGGGAUUUUAGGCAUUGGCCGCCACCCCCUCCUCUAAUUGAUACACAACGAUCAGGUCAAGCUUAUCUUGUC